CGCUGCCAGCGCGGAGCAGCGGGGCUGAGGUCGCGGCGGACCCGGAGCCGCGGGGGCGGGCGCGGAGCUACGGCGAGCGCCUGGCUCAGGCCGGGAGCGGCUCCCUGUCGCCGGGAAUCCGGGGGACUCAUUGAAGCCCUUCCAGCCGCGGGCAGCGGGACAGCGCCCGGUGCGCGGAGCGGGGCGCCCGGCCCGCCCCGCCGCCCCGCCGCUCCUCCAUGCGGGCGGCCAGCGGCGCUGGGGCGCGGGGCGCCGGGGGCAGCGCGCAGCGGCUCUGAGGCCGCGGCCGGGGGAGACGAUGGCCAAAUGGCUGAACAAGUACUUCAGCCUAGGCAAUAGCAAGACCAAAAGCCCUCCGCAGCCCCCGCGGCCCGACUACCGGGAGAAGCGCAACGGUGCCGGCGGCGCGCCCCGCCCCGAGGGGCCGCCGCACCUCCACCUCCACCACCACACCUCGCCUGGCUUUUCGCGCCGCCGCCUGCGCGACGACACCAGCGACCUGGUCCGCGCCUACCACGCCCAGAGGGACCGCGACUUCGAGGACCCCUACAGCGGGCCCGGCUCGUCCCUGCGCAAGCUGCGCGCCAUGUGCCGUCCGGACUACUCGGCGCCCGAGGACCUGGGCGAGGCGGCCCUCAAGGCUUCCUCCUCCUCCUCCUCCUCGUCGUGCUGCGCCACGCCUCCUACCACCGGCUCCCCGCAUCUGUUCCGCAGCCACAGCGAGCGCCGCCCGGCGACACCGCCCGACGUGAAGUACAUCUCCCCCAAGCACCGGCUCAUCAAGGUGGAGAGCGGCGGCGGCAGCGACCGCGCGGGCAAGAAGCUUCUCAAGGGCUCCAAGCAGCCGGCGACUGCUGCUCCCUCUGCCGUGAAAGAUAAGGUAUUGAUAGCUGAUGACUACUCAGAUCCGUUUGAUGCCAAAAGUGAGUUGAACAGAAUGGGAAAAGGGGAGAACACUGGCUACAUGGAACCAUAUGAAGCCCAGAGAAUAAUGGCUGAGUUUCAACAGCAGGAAGGCAUGAAGUCCCAUCAGAAAAACAUGCAGCUCUAUGACACACCCUAUGAACCAGAAGGCAGUGGUGUGGAAUCUGAUUCCGAAAGUGUGGUGAGUCACCGUUUACGAGAAAGCAAAUUGCCACAGGAUGACGACAGGCCUGCAGAUGAGUAUGAUCAGCCGUGGGAGUGGAACAAAGUCACCAUCCCAGCUUUGGCAGCCCAAUUUAAUGGAAGUGGGAAACGGCAAGCAUCUCCUUCUCCCUCAAAUGACCAGCACAGACAAUUAAGAGCACCUGGAGGAGGCUUUAAACCCAUCAAACAUGGCAGUCCAGAAUUUUGUGGGAUCCUGGGAGAGAGAAUAGAUCCAGCUAUUCAACUGGAAAAGCAGAUAUGGUAUCAUGGAGCAAUCAGUCGGACAGAUGCAGAAAACCUGUUACGUUUGUGUAAAGAGUGUAGCUACCUUGUAAGAAACAGUCAAACGAGCAAGCAUGACUAUUCUCUUUCACUGAAGAGCAGUCAAGGUUUUAUGCAUAUGAAAUUGAUGAAAACCAAAGAGAAAUACAUCCUGGGCCAGAACAGCCCUCCCUUUGACAGUGUUCCUGAAGUCAUCCAUUACUACACCACAAAAAAGCUGCCUAUCAAAGGAGCAGAACACUUGUCCUUGCUCUACCCUGUGGCUGUGCGGACACUCUGAUAACCUAGUCUCACCCCUUCCUGUGGAUGGGAGGUGAGAGGUAAGAUGGGUUGCACUGAAUACAUUGCCAGAAUUCAGAGUUUGAGUCUAUGAUGGAGAGUGGCAGCGUUUAGUCUUGUGAAUGUGGGCUCUCUGCAGAGUUGCAUAUGGGACUGUGUGUAUGAUACUCUUGUGCUGAAGCAUGCCUCUAGAACUGUGUUGCUACGUAAGAGAAAGAAAACUUAUUUUAGUGCAAGGAGAGUAGAUAACCUUCCCAGACCUUCUUUGUGAAUGAAAGUGCUUCCCAACAAAAGUUGCUCCUUCAUGUUUUGAGAAGAACCAACAAGUUCUUCUCAGCAGUAAAAAAACCAACAGCUUCUAUUCUCUUGCUACUCUGAGAAACUUCUCCAUGAGAAAGAGUAAAGUACUCUGAGGGAUCCUAGCGUGUUCUUGAUGGACCUGAGAAGGAGCUGCUUAGCAGACAAGCCUCUGGCUCUGGUCACUUAGAUUGAUGGAUUUGGGAUUUUUUAGUGCAGUUUCUUGGGGUAGUCAAAUGUUGAACUCCUAUUAGACACAUAUAUUAGGAAAGGGUUCGGAGCAUACCGAAAUCUGAAACCAUAACACCAUUGAAAGCUCAACAACACUGAUAUUUAUUACAAAGAACUGGCCAAAGUAAACGGGAACCCGAGAGAAAGAGAAACCAAUGAGGAAAUAUGACACCCUACUCACUCAGGCAUCAUUCAUGGGGUAUCUUUCCAACUCCAAAUACCAUAAAAUCCUCUGCAGCAGCUGCGUUUUUCAGAGGGUUAGCAGGCUCACACGUAGCAGGCGUCCCUGCUAAAGACAGCUUGAUCCUUCGUGUGGAGCAAGCUCACCCAAAAAACAAGCUGUUUGCUUUAUACAGUCAACUGAUUACAUCUGCCUAGGCAGGUGUGGCCAGCACUGUCCCGCCAGAGGUUCUCAGUCCCACUCCCUUGGUUGUGUGUAUCACUGAAGUGCGUGAGUGAGAUCUUUGGAAUUUCCCUUCCACGUGCACACUAUGCUUCGGGGGUCUUUCCUAAUUGAGUCAGGAGUUGUUACUUCAUCCCCUCCUCUUUGGUUUCUCCUUCAGAUGUCCUUGGCAGACGAUGAACCAAUCACAGAACACCAGUUAAUACAGUUUAUACAAGAAGCUCUCUCUCCAAGGACGAAGUUCCCGUUUUAUCAGUGGACUUGGCAGGGAAAAUAUAAACUCUUACAGGUGGCUGGGCCAAAAGUAUCACCAUCCCUGAUACAACACACAAUCUUAAAGUAAUUUUGUGAGAGUGAAUCAUGGUCAAUUACUUAUGAAUAGGGGAUGUAAUUAAACAGUAGUUAUAUAUUUUUAUCCUUUUUGGUACAAUAAUCUCUUAAUGUUUACUAUCUUCAUUUGCAAGUUUCAUUCGUAGGUACAGGCAGCUAAUUCUGUUUGGGGCAGUUACACCAUAAUGUUUUAAGUAGUUAGGAUAAGUCAAUUUGAUAUGUGGGUUACUAUUUAUGCAUGAGGGUGGCCAAAGGCUUUUAUAAAACUUUAGUAGGCAAAAUCUUCACUUGCUCAUUCGUCUGGAUCAAACGGGUGUCCUACUGAUACAGCAGACUAACAUGUGCGUGUCACACUGCCUUUCCACGAGAUGGCUUUUGCAGCUGUGAGAACUGUGAUAUGUAGCAGAGCAGAAUUUGUUUUUCUGGUCUACCGAGCCAUUCUUAAAACACAGCCCCUUUGACACAUACCUUCUGGCCAGUGUUCUUUUUCACCAUGAGCAGAAGCCUCCUGCUGUAUUUCAGUCACUGUGAGCCAGAAGUACUGUAGAAGCUGCUCUGUGUCUUAGUCCUGCCAGCUCAUUGCCUUUCCACUUGAGACAUAUUUUCUACAUGUUCUGUGUGCUCAUUGAAUGAGAUAAGUGAAAAAUUAUAGUUGUGCACAAGUUGGAACUGGGGAAUCAAUAGCCUUAUAAGUCCUCGUGUUGAACCAUCUCCCACAUAUGUCUAGAAUGUCAUGCAUUAACCCAUCAGCUGUUAUAGUAGCAAACUGGUUAUAUGCAGGUUAUGUAUUUUACAGACUGCAAUAGGACUGUGAAAUUGUGUGCUAUUUAAUUCAGCUUUCUUAGCUACUACUAUUUUUUAUGUAUGCUUAGAAAGAAGUGCAAAUCUGAAAAUUGUAAUGGAAUAACCACUUACUGCCUGUAAAAGUAGUGCUUCAUUGUAUUGUCUAAUCUGAUAAGAAUCUCAAGGAUGACCCAUGUAAUAUCACCGGUGCUAAAUGUUCUGUUUCCUUUUAAGCCUGCCUUAUUCUUUAUGUGACAUCCAAUGCAGAUUGAACAGGAGUGGAUCACACAUAUGUGAAUAGUGUCAUUCUGUGCAGCAACGGUAGUGGGUCAGACUGUCCCUGUCUCACCCAGAAUCUGAAGCUGCAUUGGAAUAGGUUCUCUGGUUUUCCGAGAGAAGGGUGACCCAAUGGAGAACAAAGAGACAACAAUCUUCUCCAAGUGAAACUAAACACCCCCUUUUUCAUGUACUCACUUACAUGCAUUUUUUAUUUCCCUAAAGUCUUUGCAGAGCUCUUUAUUGUCUUAACAUCACCCAACUGACAAGAGCAUACAGGCACUUUUAAGUUAGCAUAUUCUCUCAGCAGAGUAGGAGUUUAUGAAGGUGGCAGAGCUCACACAGAUUAGGAAUCAGGUGUCAUCUGCUCUGAGUCCUUGUGGGCUCUAGCAACACUAUCAUGCCCUUUGGCACAGAAACAUGUCAUCUUUCUUCUUUUGCAUGUUGAAUCUGACAUUGUUUCUGUUCCAUGGUCUGCUUUUCUUCUUCUUUAAAGGAAAAAAGAGUAUGCCCCUACUCUGUCUAACAGCAAUUACAAGUAGAAACCAACAGCAUCAUUAACCAAGGCCUUGCCUGGCUUCCUUAAGCACUUUGUCUUUAAUUCAUGGGGAUAACUAUUGUAUCAGACCUGUCUUGUCAGGGGUCUGAUCAAAUGUCAAAUGAAGCCAGCAGGUGCCAUUUUAUUGCUGUCUGCAAAUUUUGGGUUGGGAUCCAUUGCUUCAUACAACUGUGUAUACAGCUUAUUACAGCUUCAAGGAUCAGAUCAAGGUUCUUGGUUCAGCAAGAAGAAAUCAUCUCAAAAGUAUUGGUUGUCCAUGGGAAGGUUUUUUAUUAUUUUUCUAAAAGACUUCUAGAAAGUACUGAGUAAUUGCAGAAUAAAUAAAACCAGGAUUUUGUUUGCACUGUAAUGUUGUCUUUGUUUAUUUAAGUGAUUGUAUGAUAUUUUUCCAGUGAAGGAAUAUUCUUCCCAGAUUUUUUAAUGUACAGUGAAAAUGCAGUGUGGUAACAGUGUGUAGUAUUGCAUUUAGGUGGAAGAUUUUGUAGCAAUGAUGCCUACAUAGCACAUUAAAAGUUUAUUUUAAAAAAAAAUAUAAACCUCUCUCUUUUC